UCCGUGGCACUCACUCACUCACCUGAAGAUCCCCGCGCAUUGAGUCACUUGUUGAACAUCUUCUGUACCUGCACUACUUUUUCCCCAUUCAUCAAAUCCAGCUUCAGACAGUCGAACAACCAGAAUGGGUGUCGGCCUGCUGGUGUACGUUGAUCCAGAGGAGAUUCUUGGGUCGAACCCCAAAGGUCUCACUCUCGACCAAGUCGCUUAUUUCGGACAAUGCCUCGUCGAGAUCACUCCAGAGAACUUCGAUUCGAACCUCGCUUUCCUCCGUCAGAACUUCUCAAAGCUAUCAAUAGAUUUUGACGUGCGGAAAUUGAAGGCAUGGGAUCAGGUUGUUGAUGUAUUGAACAACGGCGCCUCCAAGAUCUUUGUCACCUUCGAACAAUUGAAAGCCCUUUCGCAGGAACCGACUAUUUCUUCAGACCGCCUCGUCCUCACAAUCUCUCUCGUUAACCCGAAAACCGACAUUGAAAAGCUGAAGGCUUUUUUGGAAGAGAAACCAGAGUGGAAGACGAGAGACUGGGCCUUUGAUGGUGGUAGCGGUAAUGAGCAUUUGGACGAAGUCUUGAAAGAGCUUGGAAAUUAUCCUCCAAGCCAUGACCAGACUAUCUUUGUCAGAGUAGCAAGUGAAACAGAAGGCAAGACUCUGCUCCAUGACUAUCCAGGAAACUCCUUGGUUGUCUCGUCGAAGCUAUUGACGUUCGAUGCGACGAAAGAGGAGCACAAGAACCUGAUUCCAGCCGUUGAUCUGGUGCUGGCUGGCGCAACUCCUGAUAGGAAGACCGGACUCUACGCCACUGUUGUCGUCGACGAACGCGAUGUUGCACUGGGCCUCGUGUGGAGUAACAAGGAAAGCGUUGCGGAAGCACUCAAGACCGGCACAGGUGUCUAUCACAGCCGCAAACGUGGACUUUGGCACAAGGGAGCUUCUAGCGGAGACACGCAGGAGCUUAUCAACAUUGGAUUCGAUUGUGACAGAGACUGCCUUCUUUUCAGAGUCCACCAAAAAGGACGAGGUUUCUGCCACCUGGGUACGAUGUCGUGCUGGGGUAAAACGUCGGGCUUGUCUAGAUUACAACGUACUCUUCAGGACCGGAAAGUGAAUGCGCCUGAAGGAUCAUAUACGGCUCGACUGUUUAACGAUCCCAAGCUUGUCAAUGCGAAGAUCAAGGAAGAAGCAGACGAACUUUGUGAAGCCACAUCGAAAGAGGAGAUUGCUUCAGAAGCUGCCGACCUGUUAUAUUUCGCGUUGGCCCGAUGCAUUGCGGCUGAUGUUACGCUGGAAGACAUUGAGAGAAACCUUGACUUGAAGAAUUUGAAGGUCAAAAGAAGGAAGGGUGAUGCCAAACCUCAAUACGUCGAGGAGAAGCCCGUCAACGAGGAACAAAAACACAAGACCAAUGGUGUCAAUGGCAGUCAAGACGAAGAGGUCAAAGAAGCCGCAUCCGUACCGAAGUCAUCAGAAGAUCCUGCUGGAAAGAACGACUUCGGCAGAAUACAGCUCAAGAGGUUUUCCACAUCACAAGCAUUUUCGGACGAUCUUCUCAAGUCCACGUUGCAGCGACCGUCGCAAAGAUCAAACGAGAAGAUUAUGGGUCUGGUGAAUCCUAUUAUUGCAGAUGUCCGAGCGCACGGCGACUCUGCUGUACUGAAGUAUACUCACAAGUUUGAAAAAGCCACCUCCCUGAAGUCGCCCGUUCUAAAAGCACCUUUCCCUGAAUCACUCAUGCAACUCCCCGAAGAGACCAUCAAAGCCAUCAACACAUCCUACGAUAACAUUCUUAAAUUCCACGCAGCUCAAAAACCAAAGUCUGACUUGGUGGUCGAGACAAUGCCGGGUGUCACCUGCUCCCGGUUCUCAAGGCCGAUCGAAAAGGUCGGUCUCUACAUUCCAGGGGGUACAGCUGUCUUGCCCUCAACGGCUUUGAUGCUGGGUGUGCCUGCCAUGGCUGCAGGUUGUAAGAACAUCGUGCUCGCCUCACCUCCAAGAUCUGACGGUACCAUCACCCCUGAAAUUGUGUACAUUGCUCACAAGGUCGGAGCGGAAGCCAUCGUGCUGGCGGGCGGAGCACAAGCGAUAGCCGCAAUGGCAUACGGCACGGAGUCAAUCACCAAGGUCGAUAAGGUUCUAGGACCUGGUAAUCAAUUCGUUACUGCAGCGAAGAUGAUUGUCAGUAAUGAUACAUCUGCUGCAGUAUCGAUUGAUAUGCCAGCGGGCCCUUCUGAGGUGCUUGUUGUUGCCGACAAGACCUCGGAUCCGGCAUUCGUGGCGAGUGAUCUCCUCAGUCAGGCUGAGCAUGGCACGGACAGCCAGGUUGUACUCAUCGCCAUUGAUCUGAACGAGGAAGGACUGCAAGCUAUUGAAGAUGAGGUUCACAAGCAGGCGCAUGAACUUCCGCGGGUGGACAUCGUUCGUGGUGCUAUUGAGCACAGUGUCACGAUAUCGGUCGGUGACCUUGAGGAAGCUCUCAAAUGGUCCAAUUACUAUGCUCCAGAGCAUCUGAUUCUGCAGAUAUCUGAUCCUCACUCUGCACUACCUCUUGUGCAAAACGCUGGCUCAGUGUUCAUUGGCGGCUGGACUCCAGAAUCUGUGGGCGACUACUCGGCUGGUGUCAACCACAGCUUGCCAACAUAUGGAUAUGCACGCCAAUACAGUGGUGUCAACCUUGGAAGUUUCAUGAAAAACAUCACCAGCAGCGAAGUCACUGAACAAGGUGUCGGACAAGUGGGCCCUGCUGUCGUGGAGCUUGCAAGGUGUGAAGGUCUUGAUGCGCAUAAACGUGCAAUGGAGCUUCGAAUGGAAAAAUUGGGUAUACUUGAGAAAAGGAAGGCCGCGACAACUGCUUAGCUGGAGGUACUCGAAUCGAAAUGCCUGAGCCGGCAGAUGGUAUGAUGUCUCCUUCUGAGUUCCUUUUUCUACGCAUUUCCUGUACCACUGCCUAUUAUGAGCGAUGAGGGUAGAGGAUAGACAAUUAGACUAGAAAGAGAUGGACAUUUGAUCACUUCAAAGGAGCUGAGAGCACAAAAAUCUCCUCGUAUAUCCUACGAGCCUACUAUCCUACGAUCCU